AUGGCCUUCUCAGGUCCAAUUGCAAUUCCCGCUACAAAUGCAGAUCUAGGGUCUGCAUUCCUUCGAGCAUACCCACCUGUGUUGGAAGAUUUGAACAUUUCUCGAAAUGAGUUUCUAGAAUUUCUAGAUCACCUCAACCGCGCUAUUGUUGCAAGCCCAGGGCUGCGAGUUCUUGGCUAUGCGUCUGAUGUUGUUGGAUUUGUUCCCGAGCCGACUGCUCAAAUUGUUUCGGCGGCAGCUGGCAUUAGCGCAAAUGUUGGAACUUUUGCCAUGUCCAAGAUUAGAUCUGAGAUGGUCAUUCGACAAGCGAAUAAAGACAUCUUCUUUCCCAGAGGCUUGGAGGCAAAAAUUACAAAGUUGAAAUACGUUGCCAAACUUGCCAACAUGCCUAUACUGAAUGAAAAGGGAAAGAUAGAUAAGCAAUCGCCUAUCUUGGAGCCUCUUCAGGCCCUCGCCGAGUCAAAUGAGCUCAAAACCAUUAGUGCUCAGCAGCGCCGUCUAAGAGCUCUUGAAACGUGGAUAUCUCCUCUGGUUAUUGAAGAGCUUCCUCCAGUCGCCAACCCCUCCAAUCUUUUGAGCAAAGUGGAUGUUUUUGUCAGUGAGGCUGAGCGAAAGUCCGCCGAGAAAUCUAUGCUCAAGAAGAGGGUGAAAGUGAACGAUAAACACGAGAAAGCAAGCCAAAAGGCCCUUUCGAAGUACGAAAACUCCAUGGGGCGUUUUGAAGAGAAGGCGAGAAGCGUUGGUGAAAGGGACCGCCACGCAGAUAGAGAUUUUGAGCGUCUUGAGGAUCGUCGCCUAAAAGCUACUCUCAAGUAUGAGAAAGAAGUUGAAAAAGCGCAAAAGAGGUACAAGAAAAGGGACAAGGAAGAAAAGAGCAUCAGGCGAAUCAACUUUCUUUAA